GUGGGAGAUCACAAUAUUGGCCAAUGGUGAAACUUUGCACCGACGGGCAGGCGGAAUAAAUUCGCCCGCGGGUUCUGGGUCAGACGGGUUCUAGCGCAGCGACCAUGGCACCACGGGGAACAUUGACUUUGCUUUGCUCACUGGCAGUGUUUUCCUGUUCGACUGGAGGUGAAACUGACUUUCAGAACUGCAACGUGCUGCCUCAGCUCUUUGAGCGUCUAUCAUCAGACGUCACGGCGGCGGCAGAGUGUGCCGAGUUCUCCGCCUUGAGCUCACACGAUGGAGCCGCUCUGCUGCGGUCCAUGCGCCGUCUGACCGCUGCGCUGCACAAACACCAGCUGACGGAAUGCCGAGGUGCUGAAUCGCAGGGUUGCCCAGGCGCCGAAGUCCCCGCCAACGGAGGAUUGGCGUGCGCCACGGUGGCCAGCAAGCGCUACUGCAAACCCCUGUGCAACCACGGCUACGACUUUGCUUUCCUCCGGAGGAGUCGCCCGUACGAGGAAUGCAGCGAGCAGACCGGCUUUAAAUGGCAGAGCCAGUACGUAGGAGGCAACGCGCUGGCUGUGUGCCAAGAAUCACCCAUUCAAGUGUCCGGAGCAAAGACGGCGUAUUUUCCUAAAGACCAGGACUGCCUGACGACAAAGAGCAGCAGCUCACUGCUGAGCAGCGUGGUGGGAAACCUCACGUCUGAGCUGAGGGGCCGAGGCGUGGUGGGGGGGGAGGCCGAGCACGCCUGCCUCGUGUGUGGAUGACGGGCCGAGGCACAGAAGCACCUACGAGGUCCCCGAGGCAGCGUGGAAGCCCCUCCAAGUGGCAGCGAGGGAGAAUAAAAGCCUUUUCGGCACCGCUCGCAUGCUUACGUCAUGGGGGGGGGGGUGCAAGGGGAAAGGCUGUGUUGUUACCAAAAGUCAAAUAACAACAUUUCCUCUGUCACUUGUUUUGUAUUAUUGGUGUUAAAUAUCGUAUUAAAUAAGAGUGUUACAUUUUUCACUUAUCCAAACUUUGCCGUCUGAAAGCAAUGUUCAAUUUGACCUUGAAGGUAACCCCCCCCCCCCCCAAAAAGUGAUUUCACACAAAAAUACUUUUUAAAAAGGAAAGCAAGACAUUUCUUUGGUGUCAUGAACACACUGUAGCUGACAGUAAGCACGUAGGACCGUUUCUGUGCAGACAAACGUCUGCCUUUUCAUAGUAAUAAUAAUACUUAUGUGCUCAAUGUCUGGACCACAGCAGCGGUGAAAGGGACCUUAACCACUCCACCACAUGGAGCGCUCUGUCUGCUGUUGUGUCUGCUCGUUUUAUUUUUAGGAAUAAAUCCAGACGAGGCUCACCGAGGUCGAGGUUAAAAUGAGAUGGCAGGAUCUCAUUAGGUAACUGUUGACAUUCCAGAUCAUUCUAUUAGGACUCAUCAGAGAGCAAAUGACCCUCUGGUGUAGGCCGACAGUCCGUGUAAUCAUCAAUUACUGAAAUAACCGUCUGCGGAUUGAGGGAUUACCAUUGGUAAACUGUAGCAUCUCUUAUUAGGAGGCAACGGGCAAAAUCACCAUUUAUUUCCCUCUGAUGUUUCUUGCAGGUAACUGAGUCCCAAGUGGCUCGGGGUCAUGACCGUAUGCGCAGAGAUCACGUUAACAUCGACAGAAUUGAUUUGAUAGGCCGAAGACAUUUACAGCUGCAGGAGCCCUUUGGGCCACACGAGGGAGCCGAGGGUUUGUGAGCUUCUCAUUGGUGUAAACUUCUCUUAACGUUGUAUGAAAUAUAUGAAAAGGCUUAUUUAUUUUACUGCUGAGAGGGGAAAAAA